GCCGCAUUCACGUCUGGUCCUAUCGAAGAUUAUUGAUUCUCUCGUGUAUCAUGGGUAGAGAAGAGCAGCAGCAAGAGCGGGAGGUGCUUGGCGCCAUUUUCCCUGAGGAGAUUACCGAUGUUUCUGAGAAGGAAUUCCGGAUAUCGAUAGCUUUGGAUGUGACAAAUGAAGAGGGCGAGGAGGAGCCUGAGCCUCCCAUCAUCUUGCUCAAUGUGUCUUAUCCAGAGGCCUAUCCUGAUGAAGCACCGCUCCUGGAUAUCCUGACCCCGCCAAAUGCGCCUAAACACCCCUUCCUCGAUAUUCAGGAAGAUAAAGCACGACUCCUGGAUUUGUUACAAUCAACAAUCGAAGACAACAUGGGAUUCGACAUGAUCUUCACCUUAGUUGGAACGCUCAAGGAUGGCGCGGAGCUGCUGAUUUCCGAGCGCCAGAAGGCUAAGCACGCUCUUCAUGAGGCCCAGCUUGCAAAAGCCGAAGAGGAAGAGAAUCGCAAGUUUCACGGUACCAUUGUGACACGCGAAUCGUUCCUUGAGUGGAGAGAAAAAUUCCGCAAGGAGUUGGAAGAAGAAGAAAUCCGCCGGAAAGAGGAAAAGGAGGCAGAGGAGAAAAGGGGAAGGAAAGGUGGUUCCAAGGACGAGAAAAAGAUGACGGGACGUGAGCUCUGGGAGAAGGGUGUCGCGACAACCAAGGGCGACGAAGAUUACGAGGGUGGGGAUUUGGCUGAUGAUGUGGAAAAGUUGAAGGUUGGGGCUUGAAAUACUGAGCGCGUACUUGCUAUCUCUGGAUACUUGCAUUUAUGAGGAGUUUUGGGACUGCAUUCAACUACAUUUGCUGCACAGCCAUUUAGAAAGAUUCAGUAGAACAAAUGCCAUGGAU